AUGAAAGAGGAGCAGCCUGGCGGCGCCACCCGCCCCACUGCACCUUCUCUGCCGCCCUCGCUCUCGCCCCGGCGUCACCAGCCCCAUCGCCGCUCGCACUCCAACUUCGGCAUCCAUCUUUGCCCCUUCAACCGCUACACCUUCACUACCCCCAACUCUCUGCUACCGCUUCCGGUGAGUAUGCAGAUAAAAUUCGUGCGGCAUAUACCUUACGAGAGUGAGGGUAAGUUCUUAAACAGAAUGCGAUAAUUUUGUGCUCUCAACUGAUAGUUUUAUCAGUUCCAAUGUACUUCGUUCUCUUUGAAUCUUCAUUGAUAUUCUCAACG